AAGAAAAACGUUGAACCCCUACAGUACAUUGUUGUCGUCUGUUCCCAGCCCCUGCUGUCGGUCAAGGCCCUAGACAAGGCCGGAGAGUUCUCCCCUUGGUCAAUCCGGGCACAGAAAGUACUGGCCGCGGACCUCCAAGGACAGCUGAAGGUAUCCGACAAGAUAGAAGACGGCCCCCAGUUCCAGCUGCACCGGCCCCAGCUGAGCCACACAGACGACAGACACACGGCCUCCGUGACCACCUACACUCACAUCUCCUACGACAACAACCUGUUCGACAUCGCCACCCACCCCGCCGCUCCACGACAGAUGGUCAUCAAGUUCCAGUCCUAUGACGCCAUCCACCACUUCCUCAAUGUUCAAGGUCACAGCACGAACAGGGGCAACGCCACCUGCCGACAGCUCAACGAGCUGGCUAUAAGCGUAGCCUUCAACUCGUCCACCCCUGCCGCACAACGCCGCUACAAGACUUCCGGCCGCCCCAUCCUCCUGGCAGACGACAAGAACAUGCACAACGGCAUCUCCUUCGACACGACCUCGCUCACCCUCAACGAGCAGGACGACGGGCUGCACGUGCAGUCAGUGGCCAUGAAGCUGAGCACCGACAGCCCGCUGUUCCCGGGAGUGUUUGACUGCAAGCUUCUGUCUCCUUACAGAGCCAUGGAGUGGAUGAACGUGGACUCUCUCCGGGCCAAGAAACCCGCGGGAGACUUGACCCUUUGGACCCAGAUGUAAAGAUUUGACCAUCAGGACCAGGAUGUAAACACUUGACCAUCUGGACCAGGAUGUAAACACUUGACCAUUUGGACCCAGAUGUAAAGAUUUGACCAUCUGGACCAGGGAUGUAAAGACGUUGUUAAGUUCCCUGUAUUCGGACAAGUAGAAAGUAACUGAAACAGCAAUAUGAAAGAACUCAAGUAUCAUUUUCAAAUUUCUUGAAUGAUAUAACGAUGUUUUGUACCAUUCCCAGUCUCACUCACUCAAUUAAACAAUGUUUUGCCUAAUUCA